UCGACGCGCGAAAUGUUCUUUUUCUCAUCCGGUGUCAACAACCUGGACAUAAUGGACGUCAAAUUUUCUAAAUAUAUUAAUUGCAAAUCGUGAAUUGUCUCUAUUUCCAGCCACGUUUGAUUUUCUCGAGUUGCGGUGAUGCAAGGCAGAUGUGCAGUUGACACGCUGACAGAGUUUGGCUUUUCUUCACCGUCAAGCACCCUGAGAGUGGGCUCCCAUGUUUUCCUUUGCACUGGAGGCGACGAGGUUUACGUAUACAACUACCAAGACAGACAAUUGAAGGUGGUCUUCAUCUUUCCUGGCCCUGUGAGAGACCUGGUAUUGAAUGAAGACAAGCAGACCCUCUAUGUGGCCUGCUGCAGUGGAGUUUAUGGAAUCUCUUUCUCAUCUUUACCCUCCAGGGUUCAAAGCUUGGAAGCAUCCUCUACUGUGCCUCGUGUUAGUGUAUCCCCCAAGCAACUUGUUAUCAGAGAAGAUGGAGUAUUAGCCCUACUCGUGAUCAACUCUGUGCUGCUGAAUCUCAAGCGGACAAAAACAUCCUGGCUGUUGACACGCUACAAAAUAGCUGAAGUGUCAAAAUUCAGUGGCUAUCAAACACUUGGUUCAUUUGAAGUGCCAUUGAUAUCCGACUCAGAUGAGUCCGGCGAAAGGAGGCCAGUGCUGAUUUGUGUCCACUCUGCAGAUUCAGCAUCCUCGUCGAGCUUACCAAGUGGUCACGUCUCCCUCGAGCCGGUCCUCUUCAAACUCCUAUUCGGGAUUGACGCUUCCCUAGCCAAAUCACCGGUUGUUUUCUGCGGUCUGCCGGACGGUCGUCUGUGUUUUGCCGCUCAUCGUGUUCCAGGAUCACAGCUCAGAGUCCUCCACAGCCUCGAGCAGCCUGUGGUGUUUGUCGGUUCACCUACCGGGACCCGACCAGAACCGGUAGGCUGUUUGGUGGCACUGGGUGAACAAGGCAAAUUUGUGCUUGUCACAUCCAAACGAGCAGGACGGGAAGGAGGAGGCGUCAGAACCGCUUUUACCGAGGUGUGUGUUCCUGGACCUGUGGUGUGUGCCUGCCUUGAUAGUUGCUGCCUUUACUACAGCACUGGUUCAGACUUGCUGGGUCUGGAUCUGUCACUUGCUUUCACUGAAGAAGCAGGAUUGCGAAAAGGAGCUGCCGCCUUUCCGAAUGUCUUCAGUUUAAAUGUGUGUAAGGUCGUAGCCUUGACCGGACAUGCAAGGAACGCUGAAGGUCAAGUUCAGCUGCUAGGACUGUCCUGCAGAGGGCAGCUCCGAAAUAUUAGUUUGCCUGUCAAAUUGCAAGAUGGCGGAUCAUCCCAUCUUCCCUCGUCACACGUUGGCCGUAGCAUCAAAGAUGUCCUGUCAGCUAUUGGAAAUGUUUCUAGAAGAGCAUCAGUGCUGAAAGCAUCAAUCAAGUCCAGAAACCAAACCCUGAAAAAGCUGAAUCAGGUGCUCAACAUCAGCUUCUUAUUGAAAGCUGGAGCAGACAGUGGGACGCUUCCAAUCCAAUGUCACGCCAUUACCAGCUGGAUCACUUUGCUUCAAAAAGACUCCUUAAAUUUGAAAUGCAUCCUGGAAAAUGGAAGUUGUCAUAUUCUGGAGCAAGGAUGGACAUUAAACAUCACCGCAUCUUCCCUGUGCAAUUCCACCAAUGAGCAAAGCUCUUCUACACAUUAUUCAUUCCCUCUUCCGAAUGUUCAACCAGGCGAGAAACUGGAGAUUUCCCUGCCAUUGGCGACUGCAGAAGACUCAUUGUUACCUUGUAGCGUUUCCUUCUCCCUCACUUUCUCACUCUCGGACCUCCUUAAAGAGGAAGCAGCGACGCCACUUCCAGAUGGCGGUCUUGUCAGUUUACCGUUGAACACGCUGGUGGUGGAUUACCUGCACGCUCUGAGGGUGGUCGGCCCGUCAAAGAGAAACGUUGCAUCUCGACCAUACGACGUCACCACGGCGGAUCCCAUCUGGGCCCUUUUAAAAUCACGCCGUGGCGAAGAAUGGAAUGCGGGGAAGCAUCAGCAUUCUAUGAUGAUUAAGGUGUCGUCGCAGUUACUAAGGGGCGUGUUGAAACCUUCAGAGGGGAGAUCAAAAGCGAUACCUUCAAACAUGUGUGUCACGCUGCUGGACUGGCUUCUCUGUGAAGGCCACGGAGGUGUGAAGAUGCAAGGAGACAAGAUGGCCAUCGACAGCUCUGUCGUCCACGCUCGAGCACCAAACGGACACACAAUAAAGCUGAUCACAAAAGAGGUUAUUGCAGAGGACGGUGCGGUGGAGGAGGAGUCCCUGGCCAUCGUGGAGCUUCAGGUUGAGAGCUGCUCAUUGGGAGCUGUGUGUGGAAUGCAUCAUGCAGUCUUGCGGAGAAUACAGAAUUUGUUGCAGAGGGUGCCUGAAAGGCCUUCUUCCACAAUCAGAAUGCAGAAUUUACGUAUGAGAGAAGCCCUACAGUGCGCUGAGAAAAUGUUGCAGCAGCUCCGGCAAAGUCGAGUCUCCUGCAAUUUUGGUGAAGGCCUGUCCACGAGCAAGGCACUGCCGUCUCCAUGACAACAGAACCAACAGCGAGGUCACAGCGUGCCUCCCUGGUCGCCGCGCAGAUAGUGGCCGCUCCUGCUGCGAAUGGCGAGGCGGCCGCGCUCCGGGAGUUCCACGCCGAAAUCCUCGGGCACUUCACCGUCUGAGCACACCAGCCCGCUACUGUUGACGUACCAGAAGCGACCGGUCGCACCUGCCGGGGCCCCGUUGCUGAAUUGCAGACUGAAGAUGUCGUAAACAGAUCUGCUCGCGUCCAAAGUGUUGGAGUUCUUGUGGUGGCAGAUGAAACCAUUCUCACCUCGGAGGAUCAACGUGGGCCGGUGGAUUUUGAUUUCAAUUACAUGUGGAAGAGAGACAAGUGAAAGUGUGACGACACGCGACAAAGAUGUCACGCCCGCUCUCUGAGCUACCUGGACACGUUAAUGCCCAUCUUAUUAACUCGUGAUGAAUCAGGCAUCAGUGGGGGAGUUCGUGUGCAGGCGUGACUCAUCAUUGAUAUGAGGGCCCAGCUGGACCUCGCAGCCGGUAUGCCGUCUAUGGACGGGAGGACUGAGGAGGAAAGAGAUUGGAUACGCUGAAAUCUGAGGAACCAAUCUGAAAAAUAUCAAAAGGUGUGCUGAUGGCCAUCGCAAGGUUUGCUCAAGCAUACACAAGAAGAAGAAGGCCUCGCCGUCGCAGCGGCGAUCGGCUUUCAGAUGGGAAAAUGGAGUCCACGCAGUCGACCAUGAGGUCACGUUGAAGACAUGGCAACAAUACAAGGAAACCCACGUGUAGUCCGCAUGAUGUUGCGCUCCCUUCAAGCAAUUCAAGAGGUGGACGCCCGGGACUGAUGGACCCUUUGCCCACCACUGCCUGUCGCCCAGCUCACCCCUAUUGUAAUGACGACAACAGAAAAUGGAUGAAUGGAUAAUGACAAUUUAAUGACGCUCAACGCCAUUGAUGGAGGAUGAGGUGUCUUGACGGUACGUUUUGAUCAGUAACUUAAAUUUCAGCUUUACUAUCUGUGUGUUGUGUGCUUGCGUAUUUGCGCAACCAGCGCAGGCUGUCAACAGCCAGUCGGUUGAAAAAUUGAACAUCACCACCACCUCAUUUUUAUACAUGUCCGCAAUAGUUUUUGGUUACAGUCACUGAUCACACCUCAUCAGCACUUAUUGUGAAUCUACGAAGAAGAAUUCUGUUAGCGUGUCGACACACACAAAAGCACACACAUUCGCGCGCCAGGCAGCUGAGCAUGAGUCAACAUUAGGGGACUAAGAAAAAUAAAAAGCACAUAGUCCACUCAUUACGUGCUGAGCGGAACCCAGUCAACCAGAUCAGAGGCGUGCGUGUGAAUGAGAGUGAUAAAGAGGCUGCAGUGUGUGCGCUUGCAAUUGUGAGCGUGUGUGUACUCAUGUCAGUCAUCUUCUUUGCACUGGUCCGCUGCUGGAAUUUCAGUAGAAUGAUCAAGAUUGUUCAUAUCUGUCCUGUAAUCUUGUUGGUGUCAAUCUCCGAUCCAGAGUCUAUUAUGCAAUGAUACAGAAUGAAUGCUGAAAGAACUUUCCCGUACUAGUGUUUUGUUGAUGAGUGUUUAGGGAGGUUCAUCUUCUUCAACUGCUUCAAAAGCCAUGCUCGCAAAGUGAACCUCCUAUUUAGUCACAAGUGAAACUGAUUAAAAAUAUGAGCCAUAGAAGUCUUUUGUUCAGCGCAUUUGCCAAUGGAAAUCUAUUGUAGCGCUGGCUCUCCUCCCCCACCUGAGGACGACGAAUGGCGUCGCACAAAGAGCAAGCGCAUUGACAUUCCAAAAGCACAGGUUGGGGCUUUGGAUACUUAAAAAUUGAAAUUAUAAUCGACAUUGUCAAUAAAGCAAGUCCCCUUAACCCGGCGCCCCUUUUUGCACACAUUUGCGGCCUUGUAAAAAGCCGACUUUGGCUCCUCCUCCGGCCGUAUAUCAUUGCGCAAACAUGCCCUCCGUCAUUAUGAGGCUGCUUGUCAUUUUUCUCAGCAGAACGGUGCAUCUCGCAGCGCUUCUCAUUGAUGCCUUUGAUUGGACUUAAAGAGAUUAAUUUAAUUAUCUCACAUAGGUGCCGUGAAUAAAUAUAGCAGCGACUAGGAAGGAAGCAAGCAAGUGCAGAAAAUGUUCAUUAUCUGUACAAAAUGCAAAUGUGCUUACUCAAAUGGUAAGAAAUCCAAUUUUCUAGAAAAGGGAUUUGAGGUAGAAGGCAUCUUCUCAAGCCUGGAACACCCCCCCACCCCUCCCCACCCCGGUUCUGCUUUUUCACUAAAAUGAGACUAAACGGCAUGUCAGGCGGGGCCUCGACUCUUUGUAAACAGGCCGUGGGUCCGGUCAAGGCUGUGAGAAGAAAGGACAGGCGAGGAGGGGAGACAACUGAGCUUGUUUGCCAUCAGGUGUGUGUGUGUGUGUGUGAAGAUAUCUCCAAACAUUUGGACCCGGGAGAUAACAACAUGCCAGAGAGACGAGGGUGGGGGGAGCGAGAGAUGAGUGUAUUUCCCCAGGACCACCUAAGCCUCCUAAUCAAGAUAUUCCCAAUCUUACUCGUUUGUGUGUGUGAUGUGUGUGUGUGUGUGUAUCUGUGCCAAAGAUAAAAGGGAGUGUAUCAGAAGUGUCCCUCAUCAAGCUUCCUCCUAGGUUAGGUUCAUACUGCAGGACUUAAUGGUUAGUUUGAAUUGUUGGGUGGAAUGUGGUGGUUUUUGUUUUGCGUUUUUUUUUGUAAGCAUUUUUAAAGUGACCUUAUUGAAGGUUGAACGUGCCAUAAAGAAAUACAAGCUUAAAUAUUUUGAUUUCAAAAUAAUUGUUUUAUUAAUUGUAUAAUUAAAUAACAAAGAAUGAAAGAAACCCGUCAAAUUCAAGUCAAAUAUUCACAUUCAAAACUUUGCACUUGGAACGACGAAAGCGAGGUGGCGCUAGUGUGCAAAGCGCCGUUGGAAAAACAGGAGAAGAAGGUUGCCAUGGAUUAGCGGACGUGACGUCAGGCCCGUAGGUAAAUUGAAGACAGGUGUGCACGAAAGGCGUUAUUAAAUACGGGUGGAGCAAAAAUGGCGUCCUUUCGCGUGUCCACUUCGCAGGUAGGUCUGUACAUGAGCGAAUGUUUGUCGUUUGCUGCCGUUUCUCACGAUGCCUUUUUGCUUGUUGCAGGAUUUUCACACUUGAGGACCGCUACAGCGUUUGAGCAAAUCACAGUAACGUCGCAGUUCACUUUCAUUUGCUGCAGGUAGCACGGUGGGCUCUUUGGUUUUUGUGCCAUUAUUUCGAAUGUUUUUUUUUUUUUUUUUUUUAAAGCUGGCCAGCUCUUUUCUUUUCUUUCCCACGUGGUGGUUUUUACUGGGAGUUGAAUGCAAAUGUUUGUUUGACAAAUCGUCCGCGUUUCUUUAUUCCGUCAUAAUUGCGCAGCUCCUGCUGCAGGUACGAUGCUGCAAGUAUAAUGGGGAUAAGAAAAUGUUCCGGUUUGUGCACUUGCAUUGCCGAUGAGUAAUUUUGAACACAUUUUAUUUUACUAUAAUGGCGUCGUUCGUGCUGUACGUAAGAUGUUGCAGCUACAUGCAACGCUCGCCGAACCUGCCAGUUUAAUUCGUGUCUAUAUUACACCAAUAUGUACACAAUGUCUGUUCACGUUAGGUUUUUUUAUUUUGUAGCCUUAAAAUAACAACUGCAGCUUUCUUAUUUAAAGCAAGACGCAAGAUUUGAGGUUUUAGUGACAGAGGUAAUGCACUUUAAAAUGAGGUGAGUUCAUCUAUGGUUGUCACAUUCUCAUGCCAAUUGAAGUUAUCAACACAUAAUUAAUGGUGAUGCAUGAUUUGCAGGCUGGAAGAGGAGCCGAAGGGCAUGAGGAAAGGACAAAUUCUACACCCAGUCAAAAAUCAAGCAGCACGCAAAAGUUGACAUGUGUGGGGAUCAUGUGACCAGGAGGGGACAAUGUGGAGCUCUGGGACGCGCUUUGGUUAUGGGUGCACUACGCUAAAGUUGUGGGGAUCAUGUGACCAGGAGGGGCUGUGUGGAGCUCUGGGAUGCGCUUUGGUUAUGGGUGCACGACGGAAAGGGUUUUGGAGUGGACAGUGUUUGGGGGACUGAUGGUUGGACUUGCUUAAGAGGUGUGCUGUAGUUGUGGUUGAGGUUGUGGCUUGUCUGGAUCCAGAGUAGCGUUCUCUUGUGUGAGGAUUGUCAUUGACUGCGCAUUUGGGGGAAGACCUCGUUACGUCGAUUGACACAAACAAAACUUUGACAUGGAGCUGAAUGUCCAAUUUUGCGAUAGGACUUGACUAUUGUAACGUUUUGUGUCUUUCUAACCCAUGUCCAAUUUUGCUACAGGAUUUGACUAACAUUUUGUCUUUCUAACCUACCACUGUUGUACUUGUUUUCUUUGUUCUCCCUUCAGAGUAGGGCGACAUUAGAACGAGCUGGUCCACGAGGUGCCGGAAACACAAACGGAACUUUGACGUGGAGCAUAAUGUCCAAUUUUAGGAAAUGACUUGACUAUUUUAAGCUUUUGUCUGUUUCUAAUCUACUACUGUCUUACUUGCAUUCUUUGUUCUCCCCUCGAUGUACGGCGGCGUUGGAGCGAGCUGGUCCAGAAUGUCCAAGUUUGCAAUGACGUGUAACAUUUUGUCUUUUUGCAAUGACGUGUAACAUUUUGUCUUUUUUCCUAACCUGCCACUGUCGUACUUGCAUUCUUUGUUCUCCCCUCGGUGUAGGGCGUCGAUGGAGUGAGCCGGGCCACGAGGAAGCACCGCUCGAGGGUGCCAAGACAUGACGCGAGCAGCGCACAACUCACUGUAUGUUCUGCUUUUUGCAGGCUGAUUGCAAAAGGGGGAAGCACUCAGCGACUGUAACCAAGAGAGUAACUAUCAGCUGUGAUCAAAUGGCGACUGAGACCUGACACGAUCUGGCGGAGGUGGACGUUUCGGGCUGGCCGGGUGGCAUCACUCUGAAGUAUCCUGCAGCCAGCCGGGUUCUGAGGGAGACUUCCUUCCCUGGAGGCGUCGGCCUGCGCAGCUUCAAUGCGUGAAAUUGAUUUCUUUUUAAUUCACAGUGGUGUCCAAACUUCUGUUUGAGGGCUGUAUACUGACACAAAUUCAGGUUUCUUUGACACUAAUUCAUUAAACACUAAUAUAUCAUGACAUUUUGCUAUUAAGUGUAAAUAUUUUUUGCUACUGCUACAAAAUGGUGUUGAUUUUGAAGGUAAUUUAAAUGGUGUCUUGAUAAACCUGACCUUGACACUGCGAAAAUGAGGAUAAAGCUCUACUGUAUAUCUGUUUUGAACAGAUGAUUUGACAUGUAAUGGUAUAUCUUAAUGAUUGAUUAUGCCGUUGACAGUCUUAUUUUGGCGCUCCUUAAGUGGCCCAUGUCCAAUGGCCUUUAGUGGCAAAUAUCCCCUAGGCUGCCGUUUGGACACCAAUGGUGACGUGUGUGUGUGUGUGUGUGUGUGUGUGUGUGUGUGUAGGGCUGCACGUGUAUUGGAAAGCUGCCGUAUGGUAGUCUGUUAAACAUGCACCUGAAGAAAUGGAAGAUUUAUUUAAUGUGGUUAAUUGUGUUUUUGCCUAGUUGUAAUUUUUAGUUAUUUAAGUCAUUGAGAGUUAAAGUUAACAUCUAACUGAUCUCAUUCAGAUAGAAUAGUUAAUUUCCAUCCCAAGUUCUGGCAUGAUGCAAUGGAAAUUAUCACUGAUUUUCCAAUAUGUAUGCAGCCUUGAUUGAGUGCAAACGCGCAGCAACGGCAAGCGACCGCGCAAGCGAAAUUUUUGUGCUUGUGUCUUGCAAGGUGAAAGAAGUUGCACGAAACGGGGCCGGCAGACUGAGGCCACGAGCCCCGGGAUUGGCGAGCAAAGGAAGAAAUCACCCCAAGAAAAGUAGUCACCUGAUGCAUGGCUGGCCAGAGUUCCUUGUCUGUCGCAGGGCUCGCUCACUUGGUGUCGGAGGGAUGGAAGCAGUUCCUCAAAUGAAGAUGAGUACCAUCUGCCGGUCACGGAGUACGAUGACAGAAGUGAACCGCAUGCAACUGAGUGCUGUCUUUCUUUUUGCAGUUGUGCAAGGCAGAGGACGAGUCCAAACGUCAAACACCGGCCUGGAGUGGGUUAGAACCUUCAGUGGACCUUCGCCCGUGCCGAGCGGCUUACAUGAGGCGGGUGCAGAUGCGGUGAGGCUGCGAGGGCAAAGCAGCCAACAUCUAGGGAGAGUAUGACUUUUUUUUUGUCCUUUCGCACUUUCUUGCCCUCCCUCCACUUUCUCACUGGGUGUGCACACUGUCUGUCUGCAUGAUGCCUCUUUCUUCUCAGUGCUAUCAUUGUGCAAUAUUGUUUUAAAGUGUUUUUGUAAUACAUAAAGUGAACUGUAAAGUUAAACUGUAAUGGUGUAGUGUACCUGAAUUAAAUUGUGAACUGAAGUGAAAAGGUCUCAAUUUCAACAUGGUAUGUAAAGUCUACCUUGCAUAUUUUGAGUUAAAUGAGAAAAUACAAACUGGAAUUGUUCGAUACAUUCUCAAUAAGUCAAUUGUGAAAUAUGUGUUAAACAAAUGAGUCAAAACAUGUAAUGUAAUAUAUGCAGUGUCAAGUAUACCUAUUUACCGUACAAAGAAAACUGAAUGCAUUCGUAAUUGACAAAAGUCAAGUAGCCUGACACAGAUAGAUGCAAAUGACAAGUGUGUCGAAGCGUAAAAAGUCUACGUUGCAACCAAUGAAAGUUCUCUUUGGCAAACCUUUUUGCAACCCUGCUGUAGAAUGGCCACUGAAUUCAGAAUCUUGUUCCAUGUUGAUGCGUAUGUGUUAUACGAGUAAAAGCCUUUAUUUUGUUAAAGUCAGAGCCAUUUUUUUUUCCGUUUGAAACGUCACGCGGGUGUUGUGAAUAAAGUUGACUUUUUGUUUUGUU